AAACGGACGCCACGUAGUCACCCACCCCCUAACGCAAUUCCAUCUUCAUCUUCUCCUCCGACGAGUCCCAAAUCCACCCAAACUUCCAUAAUAAUCCAAGCGCAACCCCCUGCUCUCCUCCGCCGGAUCCCUCGUCCUGCUCGAGGUCUCCUCCCUCCUGUCCUAAAUCAACCAAGAGCGCCGAAUUCCGUAGCCGGGAUCGCCCAAAGGCGCCUCCUUUCCGCCGAAUCCGCCGCCGCCCGCCAUCGUUGAUGCGCCCCCGGGCCGUGGAGAUUCCGGCGUGAGGCGCGGUUCCUGACUUGCUGUGCGCGUGGGGGGAGGAGCGCCCGCCUGCCCACCCGCUCCGUCGGCCAUGGCGUGCCGGGGCUUCUUCGAGUGCCUCCUCAAGCUGCUCAACCUCAUCGUCAUGGCGGUCGGGCUGGCUAUGGUGGGAUACGGCGCCUACCUGCUCGUGAUGUGGCUGCAGGUGGUGCCGCCGCCGGCGCCGCCGCUGCCGCCGUCUCCCGCGCCGGUGGUGGUGGCUGCCGGCGGCGAGCUGGUGCGGCUCGGGAGGCCGCUGAUGCUCCUUGUCGAUGCGUCCUCCCUGUCGGACGGGACCGCGGAGAGGUUCUCCAGUGCCUGGUUUAUUUUCACGUUCAUUGGAGUUGGUGUUGUACUCUUCAUCACUUCGAUCUUUGGUUGUGCUGGAGCUAGGAAUGGAUGCUGCUUGUCUAUUUAUUCAUUCCUCAUUAUUUUGUUCAUACUGGUAGAGCUUGCUACAGGAGGCUUCAUUUUCUUCAACCAUAGUUGGAAAGAGGUUAUUCCAGUUGACAAAACUGGUAACUUUGACAUGAUGUAUAGCUUUUUGAAAGAAAAUUGGAGAAUUGCAAAAUGGGUUGCACUUGGAGCUGUUAUAUUCGAGGCACUGCUGUUCACUGUAGCUAUCAUAGUGCAGUCAGGCAAUCAAGCUGAUUAUGACAGUGAUGACGAGUACAUCGUCCCAAGGUCUGGAAUAAGGCAGCCAUUAGUGAACCAACAGCAAGGUGCUGCUGAUCCUAGGGUGCCCAAUCUUGACUACCGCCCAAUCCGGAACGAUGCGUGGAGCCAAAGAAUGAGAGAAAAGUAUGGGGUGGAUAGCUUUGAUCCGAACAGGUUUCAACAGGCCACGAUAUCACCCGCAGAACAAAGAAACCGAUGUACAAUUCUCUGAGGCAUGGUUGAUAUCAGCCAGUAGUGGUUUCAAGUUUAUAUCCAACUGUGCAAUUACAUCGACUCCUGGAUGAUGUGUGCCUGGUUUAUCCGAUGUUGCCCUUCUGUGUAGAACAUGGAGAGUUUCGCUGUCACCUGCCUGCUUCCGCUGGAUUGCAUGGUCAGAACUCCAUACUUCUACUGGUGUAGGCAUUGCAUCCUUCAGGGUUUUGUAACAAGUACUGAACCUAAUUUUGUGUUUUAGAUAAUGUUCCAAUGUGCAUAAAACCUUUUGUCCGUGAAGUGAUUUUCACCGUAUGCACCAUGUUUGAACGAGACAUGUUUGUUACGCCAAAACUUCAAGAGAAGGUUUGGGUUUAGGGGUUGGUGUUUGUUCAGGUUAGGCGUCGUGCUCGGGCUGUCUGUUCCUCAACCGCUGCUACUGUACCUGUCCUGUUGACUCGACUGAACACCACUUAUGAGCCUGUGACACUGCUUUUAUCAGUGUGUGUUGUC